UGGAGCAGCGCCUGCUGACAGCUUCUCAGAUUGAGCACAGUUAGCUGGAUUUGCCUGGCAAACACUGUAAAGAGACGACAUUCAGACGGCUACAUGGCUGGUCGACUAUGUUCAGUCUCAAGGACGUUUACCCUUUAAGCGCUGCCAGAUGAGGAAGUGAAACACUACGUUGAGAAGUGUUUUUUUUUUUUUUGGUCGGCAAGCCACAGUCAACAGACGACGAGAACUAAAACUGAAGCUAACAUUGGUUAGCGAGCUAAUGUUAGCUUCUCAACGCAAUGGCCUACAGGAGUAUCCCAGAUGACUUAAGGCUUCUGUGCCUGUAGAGUCCAAGAUGACUGAAGUCCAGGCCACAGUGGAGUUCUCUGUGGAGCUCCACAAGUUCUACAAUGUGGACCUGUUCCAAAGAGGGUUCUACCAGAUGCGUGCCAGUCUUAAGGUGCCACCUCGUGUUCCCCACAAAGUUGAGACCAGUCUUCUUCAUCCAGGAGGCUCUGAUCUGGCAUUUCCUGCCUCAGUGCAAGAUGAUGUCAUCAGCAGCAAAACUUUCCAAAUCCUCUAUAAGAAUGAAGAAGUUGUGGUAAACGAUGUCCUUCUCUUCAAAGUGACGAUGCUGCUGGAUGAGAAGAAGGUGGAAGAGUCUCUCAGUGACAUGGAUUUUCAGCUCUUCUUGGAUUUGUAUUUCACAGAUGGUGAUUAUACGCCAGAUGAUCCAAGUUCUCUGCAGAACAUCAGUGGACGGAUACUUCAUUUGCACUUUAGCCCCCAGCGAGGCAUCCACCAACACAUCAAUGUCAUGUUUGAUUAUUUCCACCUGUCUGUCAUCUCUGUUGUCAUCCAUGCCUCACUCGUGGCCCUACAUCAGCCCCUUAUCAGUUUUCCUCGACCUGUGAAAACCACGUGGCUUAACCGAAAUGCUCCAGCACAGAGCAAAGACUCUGCCAUCCCACCUUUGGAAAAUGUAGUGUUCGGCAGCACUUACGUCAAACAAGUUUCUCCAGAUGGCAGGACAUUCCUGAUAUCUGACCAGUGUCUGCAGCAUGCCUUUGGUCUGCACCAUAACCUUUGCUCCAACCUCUUAGUAGCCUACCAGGGCCUCUUUGGCUAUUUCACCUCUAUUACCAAGGAUCUGCCCUCCUCCCAUCGUAUGGAACUAGCCAAACCCAGCAUGCAAGUCCUAUAUGAGAGAGUACUCAGAAGACCCUAUCCCCGAGGUCAAAGGCACGUCUACAUAGAACAUCUUGACUUAGAGGCCCGUCUAGCUGAGCUCUGUGAACAAGUCAAGCAAAAAUCUGAGUCCCCUGAUGAGCUGGCAGAACUUGUAAAUAUGAACCUGGCACAACUCUGCUCUCUGCUCAUGGCUCUCUGGGGACAGUUCUUGGAGGUUGUGUCCCUACAGGAACAUGUUGCUGCCCUUUUAGCAGUGGAGCACCAUACACUAAGAGUUAGGCGGUUUGCUGAGGCUUUCUUUUGUCUCGAACACCCAAGACAAUCUGCACUGGCAUAUCAGGAGCUACAUGCACACAGUCAUCAGCAUAUGACGAAUGCAAUCAAAAGCUCCAGCUACUUCUUAUCUUUGCCUCCACUUCCAGUGGAAUGUGCCGACCUUGAUGGUGAUGUUAAUUCUUUGCCAAUCAUCUUUGAAGACAGAUACCUGGAAUCUAUCACUGAAGACCGUGAUGGACCCUGGCUGGGUAUGCAGAAUACACGGACCGGUUCAGUUUCCAAUAAAACAGACAAGCAAAAUGCAAAGGAGAACAGUGCAGCAGCCAGUCCCAUUCCUGAGUCACGUGGUGCUCCUUUGGAUAACACCUGCCCAGAAAGAAUUGAUCCACCUCCAAAGUCCAGAGGCAAGUCUAUAAAACUGAAGAAAAAUUCAAAGACUGAGAACUCAAAGAAACUGAUACGACAGGGAUCCAAGGACUCAGUGGUGUUAGUGGGCUAUAAGAACAUUAAGGCUCCCACUAGCACAAAGUACAAGGAAGGGGAGGCUCCUCUUAAUCACAAUGAAGAUCGAGAUGCCCUGCUUGGGGAUUCAAGUAGUCUUUUACGGACUAAUGCUAGUUUUGUUUUCGACUCAAUUGCCUCAUCAGCACGAGCUGGAAACCGUGCUGAUGAUUCAGUUGCAGAUGACGGUACAAGUCCUGCUGCUUCUCAUCAAGUUUUACUAAAAUGUCCUGCUAUGGACACGCACAUUUAUCCUCAGGCAGGCACUGAGGUUAUUUCUACUUGCCAACAGGUCAAAGAAAAUGAGCAAGUUGAGCUUAAAGUUGAAAAGUUGCCUCCCCAGCCUGCUGGGCUGAAGCAUAGUGAGGUGAAGCCUAGCAACAAGGACCCUUUCCAAGCUGAUAAAGGAUCAGUUCUCCCAGCCUAUCAGUUUGAUGGAAAAUCCUGCAGUAAUAUUCCUCAGAUCAGUCAGACAGACUGUGGUGACCCCCAACUGUCCGCGGCACAGUCUACAUUUGAAAGGCCAAGUAAGGAGGGAACACCACGCAGCCGCUCCCGUGUGGUCUCAGUACAAGUAAAGAGCGAGUGUAUCAGGCUGCCAGAUGGAGGAGCCCCCAGUGCCUCAUCUCGCCUCUCAGACUCAGGCAUUGAAAGUGAACCCAGCUCAUUUGCCACUCAACUAGUUGUAGGACCACAUACCUUUGCGGGGUCAAGCGUAACAGAGUGGAUGGUCACUGCCCCACAGGCUGAGAGGGCCCCGCAGAGUCCUGCUCCAUGGCCUGCCCAGCACAGCCCGCUUCAAAAGCCCAGUGGCACAGGAGAAUAUCUGUUUCCGGAAAAUACAAGUACUGUGAGUGGAGUCCAGUCUUCUCUCACUUCCAUCAACUCUCUGCCCUCAGAUGAUGAUGAGGCAGAAGGUUCCUCUAAGGGCUCCAGCGAAGCUGAUGGGCGACCAGGCCGGAAGUCCAGUGUCUUGGUGCAAGAGCAGAGUGUGGUUUUCUCUGGUGAUAUCACAAAAAAACGACCUGAUGUGACCUCCAACCCUGACACUGGUACAGGAGAUGACCAUCUGAGAAAACCUGCAUCUGACCUGGAAAUAGACUCCAAAUUAACAGGCACUUCUCAGGUUGGCCUGGAGGAAGCAGGAGGCCCUGGGACCAGUAAAGAAUCCCAUGGCGAAUCCCAUACAACCUGCCCCUCCAGCAACUCUGCCACUAGUAGCACUGACCUGGUAAAACGCGGGAUGGUCGAGAACUACUUUGGCUCACGUUCGAGCACAGAUGUGUCUGAGAUCAGCCCUAUUGAAACAUCUGCCAUCACAUUGGGACUCCAGGCAGGUGCACAGGUUGAGGAGGAUGAAGAUGAGACGGAACAUGAGAUGAUUGAAAAUGGAUACUAUGAGGAAGGGGAUGGCUAUGCUUUUGUAAAUGGUGUUGCGGAUGACGAGCAACCUGUGGCGGGAGAUUCAGCUGCUCAAGAUACAAGCCUGCUGUUUGAACACCUUGGCAUUGGAUACCUGCAUGGAACAAAGGACUUAUCAAAAGCUCCGUUAUGCUCUAAUCUUGCAUCCAGCAGUGUCGGUAAUAGUUGGACAAGAACUUCCUAUUCCUUCAGCUCCUUAUCAUCCAGCCUGCAUUGGUAUGAAUGUGCACCAACACCACAGAUGAAAGCGUUCAUCAAGGCCAAGGAAGAAAUGAAGCAACUAAGGCUCCCCGGUUUUUUGUACAGCGAGGUUCCUGAGCUCGCAUCCACUGUGCCCUAUUUUAGCUUAGAGGAAGAUGACGGCUGUGAAGAAGGCAUCCACCUUAUAGUGUGUGUUCAUGGCCUGGAUGGUAACAGUGCAGACCUGAGACUGGUGAAGACUUACCUGGAGCUUGGGCUUCCUGGUGCUCGUUUAGACUUCCUAAUGUCUGAGAGGAAUCAGAAUGACACCUUUGCUGACUUUGAGUCUAUGACCGACAGACUGCUGGAUGAAAUAGUUCAGUACAUUCAGAUAUACAAUCUCACUGUGUCAAAGAUAAGCUUUGUGGGUCAUUCCCUGGGGAACCUCAUAGUUCGCUCGGUGCUGACCAGGCCCAGAUUUAAAUGCUAUCUGAGCAAGCUGCACACGUUCCUUUCACUCUCUGGACCUCAUUUGGGCACUCUGUACAACAGCUCAGCUCUUGUCAACACAGGCCUUUGGUUCAUGCAGAAGUGGAAAAAGUCUGGAUCCCUUCUGCAGCUGACAUGCCGCGAUCACUCAGAUCCUCGCCAAACUUUCCUGUACAAACUCAGCAAGAAAUCGGGUUUACAAUAUUUCAAGAAUGUGGUGCUGGUGGGGUCGCUUCAGGAUCGCUAUGUGCCCUAUCAUUCUGCCCGGAUAGAGAUGUGUAAAACUGCAUUGAAGGACAAACAAACAGGAACGGUUUAUGCUGAGAUGAUUGAGAACCUGCUGCUGCCAGUACUUCAGAACAAAGACUGCAAUCUUGUACGAUAUGAUGUCAUUCACGCCCUGCCCAACACAGCCAACUCCCUUAUUGGCCGGGCAGCCCACAUUGCCGUCCUUGAUUCUGAGAUCUUCCUGGAGAAGUUCUUCCUUGUUGUAGGGCUCAAGUUCUUUCAGUAGAGCUGCAUCAGAAUGAAACACAUGGGGGGACAGUAGGAAUGUGGCCCUCAUACCUCACUACAACUCAACCUUAUUUUGAUGGUGACAUCUUGAUUAUCUUCUCUUUUAUGAAUACACAUACCUUUCAAAUAUAUUUGAACAAAUUCAUUUUUGUUUUGCGUCUGUAUUGGAAUCAGUGGGUUUGGAGUUGACCAUGUUUAUUUUUCUACUACCAUUUUUUUAACAUUGUUUUCUGUGUUUGGGAAAGUUUUCAUUGUCAUGCAGUAUAUUUUCUGAUUAUUUAUGUGUUAUGUUUUCUUUUUAAAUAUUUUACUCCGAAGUUAUUCAAGACAUUUUAGAUGCUGAACUGGAAAUCUAGCUGCUACUAAAAAGGAAAUGGCUGUUUGUGUUGAGCUGGCCCAAGUUGUCUGCACAUGUGUUUUCCACCAAUUUUAAGAGACACUGCAUUGAUUUGCACCACAACUACAUUUUACAAACUUUUGUACUGAAGAUGGUCAUUUGUACAGGUUACUUUUUUAUCAACAAUUUUCCAUCAUUUUUUAGGGCAAAGACUGCAUUUGAAAUAGGAUUGUUGCUCAGAUUUUGCAUCUUUGGCUUUGGUCUUAAUACUUGACGUUUUUCCUUGCCAUUGCAGCAUUCUGCAUAUAUACCCAGCCUGGUGUUGGGAACGUAAAGCUUUGCCUAAAACAUGAUGACAUUUUAUUACAAGGGUUCUAAGCAAUGAUUAUUAUUCAGCAAAAGCACAUGUUGGUUAUAGGAACUUAUCUUAUUGAAAGUAAUUGUUUGAACAUUUGGUGACUAUUUAUGUUUAAACUGGAAAGUAUUGGUUUGAAUUCAGAUUUUUUUUCUUGAACUGUUUGUUUAUAGCAUCAUACGCUACGAUUAAAUAUGCAUAUCAUGAGUAGGUUAUAUUUCUCUUUCGCAUGUGUUUAUUUCAGGAUUUUGGAGACUUGUCAUAAUUUGUUGAGUUAUUGAACUGUGCGCACACACGUGCAUUCUAAAGUAAUGCUACAAUGCUUGUGAAUACAAUCUCUUCUUGACUUAAGUUAAGAAAGGUGCCUGUGUUUCUUUUACCUUGCACAAGAAAAACAUUAUUACGAACAAUCUCAUAUUUCAACGUUUUUAUUUUAUUAUUUUUACUUUCCAUUUGCAUGUUUUUUGGAUGAAAGACUUAACAUUAAUUUUGACUUAUGGUUUCAAUGUACUAAUUUUCAGUGAUAUUGGAUUUAUUUUUUUAGAGAUUUGCUUUGGCUAUGGGUCCAGUAAGCCUGUGGGUAUCUGUGCUGUCACAGGUUGGAAUUGCAGACACUGGUCAGCGACUGAACCGCCAUGCAGGAAGGGGACGUAGCGUUUUCAUGAAAAGCCACAAUAGUAUAUUACGUUAAAAAUAUUACAUCGAUUAAAAGAAUAUUCUACUGAUCUUUGAAUGAUUUUCUGUGUGUUUUACGCGGUUUAACUCCACAAA